CCUCCAUCCUCCAUCUUCCAUCUCUCUCCCCCUUCCAUCCCCCUUUCUCAUAUCUACACAACAAUGGCUGCCCCCGCCCAGAAGUUCAAGGUCGCCGACAUCUCCCUGGCCGCUUUCGGUCGCCGGGAGAUCGAGCUCUCCGAGCAUGAGAUGCCCGGUCUCAUGUCCAUCCGCCGCCGUUACGGUGCCGACCAGCCUCUGAAGGGUGCCCGCAUCGCCGGUUGCCUGCACAUGACCAUCCAGACUGCCGUCCUCAUCGAGACCCUCGUUGCCCUCGGUGCCGAGGUCACCUGGACCAGCUGCAACAUCUUCUCCACCCAGGACCACGCCGCCGCUGCCAUUGCCGCUGCCGGUGUCCCUGUCUUCGCCUGGAAGGGUGAGACCGAGGAGGAGUACGAGUGGUGCCUCGAGCAGCAGCUCUCUGCCUUCAAGGAUGGCAAGAAGCUCAACCUCAUCCUCGACGACGGUGGUGACCUGACCUCCCUUGUCCACAAGAAGUACCCCGAGCAGCUCAAGGACUGCUACGGUCUGUCUGAGGAGACCACCACCGGUGUCCACCACCUGUACCGCAUGCUCAAGGAGGGCAAGCUCCUCGUCCCCGCCAUUAACGUCAACGACGCCGUCACCAAGUCCAAGUUCGACAACCUGUACGGCUGCCGUGAGUCCCUCAUCGACGGUAUCAAGCGCGCUACCGAUGUCAUGAUCGCCGGUAAGAUCGCCGUUGUUGCCGGAUACGGUGAUGUCGGCAAGGGCUGCGCCGACGCUCUGCGCAGCAUGGGUGCCCGCGUCCUGGUCACCGAAGUUGACCCCAUCAACGCCCUCCAGGCUGCCGUCCAGGGUUACUCCGUUGUCACCAUGGAGGAUGCUGCUCCCCAGGGUCAGAUCUUCGUCACCACCACCGGCUGCCGUGACAUCCUCGUUGGCAAGCACUUCGAGGUGAUGCGCAACGACGCCAUCGUUUGCAACAUCGGCCACUUCGACAUCGAGAUCGACGUUGCCUGGCUCAAGGCCAACGCCAAGUCGGUGCAGAACAUCAAGCCCCAGGUCGACCGCUACCUGAUGGCCAGCGGCCGCCACAUCAUCCUCCUCGCUGAGGGUCGUCUCGUCAACCUCGGCUGUGCCACCGGCCACUCUUCCUUCGUCAUGUCCUGCUCUUUCUCCAACCAGGUCCUUGCCCAGAUCGCUCUGUUCAAGGCUGAGGACGCUGCUUUCGGCCAGAAGUACGUCGAGUUCAGCACCAACACCAAGAAGCCCGUGGGCGUCUUCGUCCUGCCCAAGGUUCUCGAUGAGCAGGUUGCCCUGCAGCACCUGGAGCACGUCAACGCCAAGCUGUCCCAGCUCACUCCCGUGCAGGCCGAGUACCUUGGCCUGGAGGUGUCCGGACCUUUCAAGGCCGACCACUACCGCUACUAAACCGUCGAUUGGAUCUUCUGACGCUAGACUUUUCAACACUCACGACGUUACGAACGACAUAUAAAGGGUUCUUCUCAACAUGGGGCUCAAAAGCAUUGUCUUCAACGGCAACCAAAAGUGGCUGGGGUUUAUGGAUACAUGGUUUCGCUGUAUUUUCAACAGGCCAUGAUUUGAUACCACUUAAAUAAAUAAUGACAUCAUCGUACCAUACUAAAGUCCUGUAAACAAACACUUGGGUAAAAGGUGUCUAGACGCUCGAAUGUUGUAUUCUGAUGAAUCCGAAUCAA